AUGAACACGCCGCCGAAGUUCUCUCACUCGCGGCAAGGCUCCGUAGAGCACAAUCCGCCCUUGCCCACCUCGUCUGCUGCGCACCUCCAGCAUCCGUCCUUGUCCGGCCACCCUGGCAGCGGCUCCCAUACGCCAGGGCAUCAUUCGCCUCUGACAUCCUACGGUCACGCUCUUGCUUCGCUUGCCUACCCUUCAUCUUCCUAUUCACCCUACCGAACAGGUCAGACCCCCGUCCCUUCCUGGUCGGCGACCAACCCUGCUGCUCUGCACAGCAACAGCGCAACCCCAUCCGCCCCCAAGAGGAGUAUAAGCAGAAGUGCAGAAGAAGAGGAUGACGACGAUGAAGAAGAGGACGAGGUCAACAGCGACGACUCGGACGACGAUGAUGACGAUGAUGAUGAUGAUGAUGACGACGACGAAGAAGAAGACAGCGACGCUGCUAACACCAGCAAGGCCAAGCAGACAGGAAACAAGCGCAAGCGCGAUACCUCGCCCAAAUCGGCCAAAUCCAAGAAGCUGGCUGGCGCAAAGGGCAAGUCCGCAAGCGACAAGGCUGGCAACGGAGACGGCGCCAAAGAUGGAUCGGCAACAAAGAAGCAGAAACCUACGCGUGGUGCCCGUGCCUGUACCAACUGUCGACGUCUCAAGAUGCGCUGCGUAGGCGCCGAAAAAGGUCCACCUUGUAAUCGCUGCCGCAACGGCAAUCACGAGUGCAUCUUUGAGGAGAGCAAUCGAGGUAAGAAAGGAGGCAAGAACCAGAAGGCCGAAGCCAUGCAGCAGAGCCUGCGCAAGAUGGAGCAGACGCUGGCUACCGUUCUGCGCAGCAUUCGCGAUCCGGGUCUUGCCGCGCAGCACGGUGGUAUGGUGACGCGCAGUCCCUCACCCACCUUCUCUCGCGAGCAAGAACGCUCGUUGAAAGACCAUCAGCGUUCGGACCCACGCAUCACUCAUUCGCACUCCUAUUCUGGUGGUGGUGACCACGCCGCGCGUUCUCCCUGGUCCCGUGGCCCGGAGCCAUACGCUUCCCAUGCCGCGCAUUCGUCGGCUUCUCCAGCUCGCUUCAGCAACGACAGCGGCAGCCCGAUCAACACCAUCAAUCCCAACGUCGUUGCACAAAGGAGCGCUUCGUCCACCGACAGCAGCUUGCCUUCACCCGCGAACGCCCACGGCACUCGAUUCCUCGAGCCGCUUCCACACCACCAUCGUCAGCAACCGCGUCCCGGCGUCUCUGGCUUCGAGCCUCCGCGCAGCAGCCGUCACUCGCGUGGCUCACCCCGUCUGCACUCGCUGCCCGACAACACUCUCAACCCACUCGGCUUGCUCGCUGAGGCCAGUCUGCACAACAAUCACCACCGAGCACGCAAGCUGGCUCGCAACAACACCGCCCAGAGCGAGAAGGACAGUCAGCGAUCCGGCAGCACGGGUGGAAAUAGUCCCGACAAGACGGUCAAGUCCGAAGGUGGCGGCGAUGACGAUUCGCCUGUCGGUCAAAGUGGCACAAACAACGACGUCAAAGGCAAGAUCCCGCUGGGUGUGGCCUCGCAGAACUACUUCCGCCCAGGGCCUAUGACAAUCCUGCCUCUGCGCCGCAUCAUCAUUGAACGAGAGAUGCCUCCCGAGCUGCUCACCCUCGGCAUCGUCACUUCCGAAGAGGUGCUCGACCUGUUUAGCAUCUUCUUCCGAAGGUGUACGCAGCACAUUAGCUUGCUCGACGCAGAGUGGCACACUCCCACUUUCAUUUGCAGUCGGUCCCCCUUCCUUUUCACGUGCGUCUGCGCCGUUGCCGCCAAGUUCUACGACCGCCGACCUGAUCUGCACGCCAAAUGUCUCGCUCUCACCCGCAAAGUCGCUUUCGAUGUUGUCAAUCGUGGCUUCAAGAGCAUCGAGAUUGUCCAAGGCUUCCUGCUUUGUUCCUUGUACGCGCAACCCGCCGAGCGCUUUGAAGAGGACAAGACGUGGAUGUAUAGCGGUCUCGCCUUGCGCAUGGCUACGGACCUCAACCUGCACCGCAAGAGUGUAGCCACGUUCAACCACAGUCCGCAUCCGGAUGAUCCUGCCGUACUCGACCGCGAGCGCGAGAUUCUCAACCGCGAGCGCACGUGGUACUUCUGCUUUGCGUUGGACCGCGGCCUGAGCAUCCAGAUGGGCAAGCCCUACACCAUCCGCGAGGACUGGAUCGUGCGCAACUGCCGCAAUUGGGGCAGCCGUUUCAGUCGACCCUGGGACCUUGCCAUCAGUGCCACCGUCGAUCUGUAUCGCAUCAGCUCGAGGCAGCUCGACUUUCUCUAUUCCUCGACCUCGUCCGUGUCGGGACUCAACUCGGAGAUCGACUAUUCGCUCGUGCUACCCAUCUUUAACGAGCAGCUCCAAGAAUGGCGCGAGGAAUGGCGCUGGCGCGGGCUGUUUACGAUGCCAGAGGAGGCCGAAGAGUACAUCGCAAAGAAGAGGCGCAGGCUGGCCAUGGCUGCGGAGAAGGCCGCCUCGAAGGACAAGGGAAAGGGCAAAGGCGGCGCUGCGGCAGCAAGCAGCAAGACGGCCGCCGACACGGACGGGGAAACGAACGGGUUGGCCGACGCGGCCGCAAAGUACCAGUUCGAGGAUGACGACGAAGAUGCCGAGAAUUUGGAUCUCAACACCCGCAUCAUGAUCCACUAUUCGCACUCAAUCCCCGUGCGAUACAGCUUUGCCGUACUCGUGCUCAACUCGUUCGGGUUGCAGCAGGCCGUCGAUCACCCGAUCGGGGGCAGCCUCGACCGCGCUCAGUACUUUGCCAAGUGUCUGGAAGCUGCCAAGACUAUUGUCACGCAGUGCGUCGGACCGAGCCGCCGCAACAUGCGAUACGCACCGGACGCACACAUCAUGACACUCGCUUAUGCGUGCGUCUUUCUGCUGAAGCUUAUCCGACCGGCCUUCGCCGGCUAUGUGGAGGAGGAUUCGAUCAUCGCUCUCGUGCAGGAGGCCGUCGACAUGCUCGAGGAGGCAGCGGUGAACGAGACGCACACGCCGUUCCUGUACGCUUCGUUCCUCAAGGCGCUGCUGCAGGCGCGCAAGGAGCAUACCACAGCGUCCAAGAGUGCGACCAACAGCCGAGCAGUGUCGAGGGCGGUGACGCCGGAAGCGAUGGACGAGGAUCGCAAUGGUAGCGGUGAGGGCGAGGCUCGAGCUGCAGAGUUUGAUGCCGAUGGUGGUGUGGUUAAUGGGGGCGAUCAAGGUGGACUGCCUGCUUCGCUCGAUCCGCACGGUGGCGAGCUUGGGUCGAGUGUGCAUGGCGCUUCGACCGUGACAGGUGCUGAUGGAACCAACGUCAACUGGCCUUCGCAGAUCUUUGGCGCCUCUUCAGGGAUGGACGAGUUCUGGGGAUCGCUCUUGCCGCCCGGAUUCACAAACACGUCGAUGCACGACCUGUUUGGCGCCACUGCCUCCACCGACGCUGCGGCCACCAAUGGCCAUUCGCAUCUCGUCGCCGAAGCCGAAGUCGUCGAUCCCGCCCAGCACGCCACCAAGUUCGGCAUGGGCGGCGGGGGUGUGUUUGACUUUGGCGGAGGCGCGAUUGGGAACGGCAACGGCGGUGUACCGUUGAACUCGGCCGCUGCCUCGGCUGCUCUGGCUAACUCGAUGAGUAUGACUCCGAUCGCUAGUGGGCAUUUGUCUGGUGCCAAUACGCCGCAUGGGUUCGCCAGCAGGAGCAGGAGGACGAGUGCGAGCCAUUUCACUCUGGGCGGAUUGUCCGGGGUCAAUUUCGAUUUCUCGUCGUAG